AUGGCUCUCUCGCUGGCCGAGAUGGCAUCAAUCUGCCCCAUUGCGGGUGCCCAGUAUCACUGGACUGCACUGUUUGCGCCAGCUAAAAUUCGAUCUUUCAUCACCUGGAUGCAAGGCUGGGCUACAAUCUUUGCAUGGCAGUCAUCAACAACUAGUAUUUUCCUGCUUGUGUCAAAACAGGUCCAGGGCUUGAUCAUUCUCAACUAUCCGGACUACGAUGCGACUCAAUGGCAGUCUACCUUGCUUAUGUGGGCCUUCACAGCUUUCUCUUUUGCAGUAAAUGUCUGGGGUAUCCAGCUUCUGCCCCUUCUCCAGUUGUUUGGAGGAAUCUUUCACGUGGUACUCUUCAUCGUCCUUUCGGUACCAUUGAUCCUGCUAGCACCGAGAAGCACACCGGACUUUGUAUUCAAAACAGUCAUGAGUAAUGGUGGAUGGGAAAACAGUGGCAUCUCUUGGUGCAUUGGCAUGCUGACUGUGACAUACUGUUUCCUCGGUUUCGAUGGUGCCGUUCAUAUGAGUGAAGAGGUCCGCAACCCUGCGAGGGUUGUGCCACGGAUUAUCAUACAGUCCAUGCUUAUCAACGGUGUGCUAGCUUUCGGUUUCGUCCUCAUUCUACUCUUUUUUAUCGGUGAUGUGAAAGCCGCAUUGGACUCUGCAUCUGGCUUCCCCAGUAUCGCCGUGUUUUACCAGGCCACAAAGUCGGCAAAAGCCGCGACAGCCAUGCAAUGCGGCAUCACAGCCAUUGGUUUGAUGUCAAGUAUUGGCGUCGUUGCUUCGGUAUCGCGAUUGACAUGGGCCUUUGCUCGUGACGGAGGACUACCUUUUUCCAAGUUCUUUGCUCAUAUCGACAGCCGUUUUCAUGUCCCAUUCCGCUCCAUCGGACUUGUCUGCAUGGUUGUCGUGCUCCUCUCCUUGAUUAACAUCGGUUCCACCACAGCUCUCAACGCAAUACUUGCGCUCACCACCUGCUCUCUGUAUACCUCAUAUCUGAUUCCCAUCGUUUUGCUCGUUAUUCGACGGUUUGACAAGACUGGGACUCCGAUUCAAUGGGGUCCGUGGACAAUGGGUCCACGAAUUGGUUUGAUGGUAAAUAUUUACGCCAUCGUAUUCGGUACAUUUAUUAUCAUCUUUUCUCCCUUUCCGACAAUACUCCCAGUCACGGCUGAAAACAUGAAUUAUUCUGGUCCAGUAUAUGGUUUCAUGGCCAUUCUUUUGCUCAUUGACUGGUUUGUCAGAGGCAAGGAAAGGUUUCAAGGACCGCUGAAGGAGCAAAUGCAAAAGGCAGCUAAUUAUAAUUCAUGA